UACAGCGUUCAUGUUUGACAACAAGCCCCUAGCCACAGAGAUUCUGAAGACUGUACUGUCUUUGCCCAUGCUACGUGUAUUUUGGGAAGCUAUUUUGUGCCCUAGAAUCGUCCAACGAUGGCUAAAUUACAAUAUCUGAAUGUGUAUCUAACUGAGCGGUUGAUGCAAGCUGCCGAGGAGAUACUUAGAGUGGUCGGAGACACAAUCUCUGAGUACCAGGAAGAAAUAGCCCGGACAAAGCGAGAAAACCAAUACCUGAAACGCCACUUGAUCACACCGGUCAUACCGGCUCCUCAGCCCAUUGUCUCUUGUGUCUCAGAGCAGCAAACACCCCCUGAGCAACAGCGCUGUGAGCAGGAGUGGAGCCCCAGUCUGGGGCAGGAGGUCACAGAGCCCACACAGAUUAAACAGGAACAGGGUGAACUCAGGACUCGUCGGGAGGUAGAGGAGAUUCAAGGGCCGGAGGCUGAUACCAAAGAAGACUCCAUAAUCAUUCCUCCCUGUGUGAAAAGUGACUGUGAUCAGGAGCCACCUCAGCCCACACAUCUUCCCCAAACUGUGGAGAACAGAGAGAAGUACUCUCUACUGACCAACACAACUGAACAGAUCAAAACAGAACCCGAUGGAGAGGGCUAUGGAGUAUCACUAUCAGAACCAACCAGUGACUCCCCUCUGUCCCAGCCCCUCUCUGCAGUAAAUCCAGACUGUUCUAGAACACAGAGUGAGAACACUGACAGUGUUACUGAUGUUUCGAGAGAUCCAGAAAGGAGACCAGAGGACACACAGACACACUCAUGUACUCAGUGUGGAGCCGUGUUCUGUGAGCUUUCCCAACUGGAGGCACACAUGCUAUCCCACACAGUACCACACAGCGGUGACACUAGUCACAGGCAAAUCCUCUGCACAGUCUGUUGGAAGUCAUUCACCUCUACCAGUUACCUCAAGGUCCACCUGCGUUCUCACACUAAGGAUAAGCCCUUCCACUGUGGUGUGUGUGGCAAGAGCUUCAGCUACUCAGGGAGGUUCAGGGAGCACCAACGCAUCCACACUGGAGAGAGACCGUACCGUUGCCACGUGUGUGGUAAACGCUUCAGCCAGUCAGUCCAUCUGAAGACCCACCUGAGGGUCCACACGGGGGAGAAACCCUACUCCUGUCCUGUCUGUGGGAAAGGAUUCAGUCAAUCCAGCCAUAUCAAGGGACACCUCAGAACUCACACCCGAGGGAGGUAGGAGAAAGAUGCCUUGGAGUGGAAAGACCCCAUGAGGGGAUAGACAAAGCCUUUCCCUUGAGCAACAUGGGAAGUCAUACUGAGUCUAGGGUCUCUUUUACAGGGCUUAUCUAGUCUGUGUUACUUCCCUGUCAAGAUAAAGGUUAAAUCCAAAUGUUCUCAAAGUACCCAGCAUUUUGGAAGAGAAAGAGAUAGAACUGAAGAGAAGGAAUGUCUAAUUCUACAUUUAGUUUUAAGACUAGAGGACUAUAGAAUGUGUAAUGUGUUGUAGACUGAGUCACCUCAUGUCUCCAUUUGAUUUGAACAUGAACAUGCUAUGAAAAUACUUGACUUAAACGCAUCCCCUCGUGGAUCAAUAUGUGACACUAUGUUAGAGAGAAAUAUAAUGUUAAUUUCUUCCUCUUAAAGAUUUCAAUUGGAGCUGGUUGGUCUCCUUGCAAAUAAACUAACUCUGUCAUAUUGAUUAA